CCGUCGGGCUCCGGGACCUCGCGACGCGCACAGUCCCGCACCGAGGGACGUGGUCGGCUGCCCUCCCGGGAUGUUGGCGUGUCCACGUGCGCUCUCCUCCUUCAGGAAGCCUCGCUGAGUCGAGGCGGGGGGGACACGCUUGAGGUUCCAAGACCAAGUUGGCCCAGCAGUGGCCCCGGCAGGUCCUUUGCCCCACUUCUGACAGCGCUUACUCGGUGGACCCAGCGCGACAGCUAAAAAGGCCUGUCUUGCUAAGCUUCUUUCUGUGUCAGGGGGAGGAAGCGGAGGAAUAAUACGUGCAGACAUCUUUCUGUCCGAUCCUCAAAGCCAAAUGAAAUACACGACAAAAAAACAGAAAAGACACGUGGGCACACAGACAGGUCCAGCCGGGCUUUAAAGUUUGCUAGUCUGCACAGGGCACUAUGAACGAAGAGGAGCAGUUUGUAAACAUUGAUCUAGAUGAUGACAACAUUUGCAGUGUUUGUAAACUGGGAACAGAGGAAGAAACACUCUCCUUCUGCCACAUUUGUUUUGAGCUGAAUAUUGAGGGAGUACCAAAAUCUAAUCUUUUACACACCAAAUCAUUAAGGGGCCAUAAAGACUGCUUUGAAAAAUACCAUUUAAUUGCAAACCAGGAUUGUCCUCGAUCUAAGCUUUCAAAAAGUACUUAUGAAGAAGUUAAAACUAUUUUCAGUAAGAAGAUAAACCGGAUUGUUCAGUAUGCACAGAAUAAGGAUCUGGGUUCAGAUUCAGAGUGUUCUGAAACCCCCCAACAUCAUCUGUUCAAUUUCAGACAUAAGCCAGAUAAAAAAUUCCUCCCACAGUUCGACUCCCAAGUACCAAAAUAUUCUGCAAAGUGGAUAGAUGGAAGUACAGGUGGCGUCUCAGACUGUACUCAGCGGAUUUUGGAUCAGAGGGACCAUUCAGACUUUGGGCUGGCUGUGUUACAAGGUGCAGGUGCUGCUAUCUGCCAUAACAAUGUAUUGUGGCCUCAUGGUCACACCCAGGCACAGAAGAAAGAAGAAACCAUCUCUAGUCCAGAGGCCAGUGUCCAGACUCAGCAUCUACAUUACAGCAGAGAGGAAUUGAAUUUGAUGACCCUUGAUGAGGUGGAACAACUGACUGUAAAGCUCCAACAGCAAAUCCAAGAAGUUUUUGAAGAACUAACACAUCAAGUGCAAGAAAAAGACUCGUUGGCCUCAGAGCUCCACGUCCGCCACGUUGCCAUUGAACAGCUUCUCAAGAACUGUUCCAAAUUACCAUGUCUGCAGGUGGGACGAGCGGGAAUCAAGUCACACCUACCGAUAAACAACUGAGGACAGCAGCACACCUGACUUCCUUUUCUCCACCAGCGUUGGUCUGCCAGGCAUGCAAGCUUUGAAAAGUUUGAAGAAAAUAGGGCCCAUUUUUUGUGGUCAUUACAUUUGCAAAACAGGCAUUACUUAACAGCAUUUUCCAAUAAAGCAGAUCACCAUUA